ACAGAGGUCAGGUAAUUUAGUUUUCAUACUUUGUAAAGUUUUAAAUAAUAUUGUGUAUAAAGAUAAAAGUUAUCCCUAAAAUCAGUAUGAUACAGAGGUCAGGUAAUUUAGGUUUCUUACUUUGUAAAGUUUUAAAUAAUAUUGUGUAUAAAGAUAAAAGUUAUCCCUAAAAUCAGUAUGAUACAGAGGUCAGGUAAUUUAGGUUUCUUACUUUUUAAAGUUUUAUAUAAUAUUGUGUAUAAAAUUAUCCCAAAAAUCAGUAUGAUACAGAGGUCAGGUAAUUUAGUUUACAUACUUGUUGCCAAAUAUGGUCAAGUUAUAGGCCACAAACUUGGUUUUAUGUUACAAUAUCUCAAAGAUAGGAGUUCAUGGUCAUAGAGGAGUCACACUAGUUUUAGUUAUUUAAUAUAAGAUAAUAUGAAUGUAGGCAGUAUAACCUCUUAGGUCAAUGAUGAACAUUACAUAGAGGUCAGAUGGUUUGUUCUUUCCGAAAUUGGUAAUCAUCUAGAUUUUAGAACUGCUUUUGCAUUUCAAGCUAGACAGUAGUUUUAUUGUUUUUAUUCUGCUGCAAAAUUUGUCUAAGUGACAUUAUAGACUAAUGUUUAUAGUAAUCAGACAAGUGUUCUUUUUUUUAAGUACAUUGUCAGUCAAGAAAAGAAAAUACAGAGAUAAUGAUGAAGUUUCUGAGACUAUUGAUUUAAGCAUGAAGAAGAGAAAAAUUAGUGAAAAUCAGGAAAUACUUGCUGUUGACAGUAAUGUACCAAGUAUUGGUAAUAAUGAUGGUGAAGAUAUUGAAAAAUUGCAGUUAAGAUCCUCAUCAUUUAAAGCUGUUUGUUUUCGUGAAUCUUAUGACCAAAGUUAUUGCAGUGAUCAUGUAGAAAGUUACCAAAAAGUUGAGCAGAAUGAUAAUCAGCCUGAAUCUUCUGAUUCAGAUGAUGUUGAACUUCCUCCAUUACCAAAACUUAAAGAUCUUAAUGAAGAAGAGCUAUGUGAGAAAGAGAUGAAAAUUUGUAAGUUGCGAGAAGAACUAAGAAAUGAGGAAGUGAAGCUGGUUUUAUUGAAGAAACUAAGGCAGAGUCAGACUGUAAAAGAUAACAUGUUGUCAGCAACUCAACCACUGCCUGGAAAAAUAGCGCCACCUGCAAGCCGUAAUGUGCAGUCAAGUUCUGGUUCAAUUUUUCUAGAUAGAGGACGACACUCUGUCUUAUCAGGCAAAAUAUUUGAACAAAAUGCACCCCAGCACCCAUUGACAGUUUCUCAGAUGAUAAGAAAUCAAAACCUCCAAGGAUCAUCCUCAGUUCUGAUGGGAUCUAAAAGUGGAUUACACUCAACUUUACCUGCAAAUGUAAUGUUGCAGCAGUCAGUGAUGCGACCAGGUAUGGGACCACUUUCUCGAACCCAUGUAACCACACCACCUAAUGUUGUAAUGGGCUAUCCAGCUUCCAACAGGUCAAAUAGUCACCAAAUAAACAAUGGACAUACCUUGUCUUUGGCACAAUCUUCAGCAAGCAUAUCUCCACAGACUACACAAGGAAGUGAAAGGAUAGAAAAUCAGACUCCUGCCCAACGACAGGCUGUGGCUAAGCUGGCUCUUCGUAAACAGUUAGAGAAAACACUGCUUCAGAUUCCACCUCCCAAGCCUCCACCCCCUGAGAUGCACUUCAUACCUAAUGCUAACAACCAGGAAUUUGUAUGUCUUUUAGGCUUGGAGAAGGUUGUGGAUUUCAUGAUGCAUGAUAGCACUGCAACAAAAUCACCUCCAGACCCAUUCUUUUGUAUUCAGUGUGGCACAGAUUUUACUCCUGUCUGGAAGUGGCAAGAUACACUCGCAGAUUUUGGAAAGAAAAAAACAUCUGUGAUCUGUGAAACGUGUGUUACUACAAAUAUUAAAAAGGCUUUGAAGGCAGAGCAUACUAAUCGUUUGAAAACUGCUUUUGUCAAAGCUCUCCAACAAGAACAAGAAAUAGAACAAAAUAUGUCUUUAGUUGUUCCAAGCCCUCCACCUUCUACCUCGCCUUUAACACAGCCUCUCAGCUCUAUUCCGACAACAGUGUUUUCAAACAGUCAUGGAACUCCUCCACCAUCGUCUCAUAGCCCCAUUCCACGAAUUGGCAUUUCUAAUCCUAGUGCUGCAGCAGCUGCAGUUGCUACAGCUGCUGCAAACUCAGCUGCACUUCUUCAGCAACUGCCCAAGUUAACUCCUGCACAGCAAUCUAUCCUGCAGGCCCAAGCACAUCAACUACAUCAGCUUGCUCAGGGGUUGCCUCACCAGCCACAGCCUGCUCAUAUGCUACCCUUUAGUCCAUUACUACCCCAGGCUUACUCAUAUCAAAUGCUAGGAAAACCUGCAGUUACCUCCACUGACUUACAGCGACAGUAUUUGUUGGACAUGAUCCCUUCUCGCUCUCUUCCUCAAAAUUCAAUGAAUUGGAAAUCUUGAUUAACUUAGAUUUGUUUAUUCAUUUAAAAAAAUCUCAUUUUUGCAUUCAAUAAUAAUAAUAUAUUUGUGGUUGUGACUAAAAAAUAUGUAUAGUUUAUGAUUACAUUUAUUUAAUGUUGUGAAUACUUUUUAUUUCAACAUAACUGUAAAAUUGUGCUUACUUUUGUUAAAUCUACACUCUGUUUUAU